CAACCCAAAUUCAGUCGCGUGUUGAAAGUGAAGCGCAAAAGUCAUUCAGCGAGAGCUGCAAUCUAUCGAGAGCGAGGGAGAGUGAGAGUGAGCGAGAGAGGUGGAGAGAGUCAAGCAGACAGCGAACGAAACUUCGAGCCGUGGUUGACGCAGUUGCUGCUGCUGGUGCUGCUAGUAUUACUGCUUCUGCCAAUUAGCAAAUCAAGCAAAGCUCUUGGAGCUGUGAUUUGUCUAAAUCUGAUUCAUACAUAUAUAGAUAUAUAUAUACAUACACAUAGUUGGUAAUUAAAGUUGAACUUCGCACCAUGGAUCAGAAGCGCGCCAUGCUCUAUCCCCAAGUGGAUUUCAACACGCCCAGCGCUCCGCUGCCAACGCCAACAAAUGAAUCGACUGUGCCAACGAUGGAGGCGCCGCCAUCCUACGAUGUGGCAAUUUCAGCACAAACUCCAAUUGUGAUUGCACAGCCACAUACACAACCGCAACCAGCACUACCACCACAACAACAACAACUACAGCAGCAGCCAGAACUAUUAGAGCCCACAAUAGUGCAAACAGCACCCACAAAUUUGGGCCCGAAUCCAUGCCGCGUGCUGUGUCCCGCUUGUGGUGCACAGAAGACCACACGCAUGACGCACACAGCCAAUGCGAGGACUCACCUGGCCGCGGCGCUCAUCUGUCUAGUGGGCUGGUGUGUCUGUGCAUGCUUUGUGCCCUAUUGCAUGAAUAGCUGCCGCACAGGUAAUCACUAUUGCCGCAAGUGUAACACCUUUCUGGGCGCCUACGAUCCGCAGGGCGUCAAAUGAUGCAGAGCAAACUCAACGGAAACUGAUGAACGCAAUAACUUAAGAUAAGAUAAGCGAAAGAUGUUGAUUUAUAUAAAUAAGCAGUCGCUUAAGCCUCAAAUGUCAGCUGUUUGUAUUAUAAUAAUAUACCUACAUACAUAUGUAUUUAAGUCCAAUAUUCAUGCAUAUAAAUAUAUUGCGCAUAUGCACACAUACAUACAUAUGGAUGUAGAAAGAUGUGUUUAUGUAAAUUCGAAUGUA